AAGUCAUCCUAAACCAUCCUGUCCUGGGAAAAGACAAACAUAAACCAAAUGGCAGAAGAAAAGCACCUCCUGCUAAGCUUCUGCGAAAGAAGAGGACGAGGCCUGCAGACAAAAUCAACUUUGUAGCGCCAGGCAAGCUAGUUUCACCUCAGGAUCCACAUCUUCCUUAUUGAACGAAAGCAUUUUAGGCUUUUCUACAACUAUAUCCCAUGGGAAGAAUACACUUUGACAAUGCGUGAAUGAAACUCCCUUCCUUGAGGCAGUCACAAUGCUAUAGUUGGAACGAUUCAUCUUUCUACCAAGUUCUUUCUUUCUCAAUCACAACUGAGCAGAGAGGCCAAUGUGGAGAAAUGGCUGAGGGGACUAACACCUCCAUGGCUACGUUUGUUCUAUCGGGACUAACAGAACAUCCCGAGUUGCAGGUCUUCACCAUUCUGACUAUCACCAUCUCUUAUUCCUAUAUCCUCUGCACCAUCCUGCGAAUGAAAUCUGCAAAGGGAAAACACAGAACCUUCUCUACCUGUGGUGCCCAUCUACUUUCCGUCACCUUAUUCUUUGGCUCCCUUCUCUUCAUGUAUGUACGGCCAGGCUCCACUGAAGCAGAGGAUCAGGACAUGAUGGAUUCUCUGUUUUACACUAUUAUAAUCCCUAUGCUAAACCCUUUCAUCUAUAGCUUGAGAAACAAGGAGGUCAUAGGGAUCUUGAGAAAAGUGAUAAGAAGGCAAAUAUUUUCUGAGUGAAAUCAUCUCUAUUAGUCCCUUUCCAUUUUUUGUGUAUUUACAUUCUCCAUAAAAUGGUGCAAAAAGUAAACGAAGAGAAAGAAAAUCACAGUUAAAACAUGGUGAGCAUCUGCUUCAGUAUGUAAAUAGAACUGUGGAUGUUAAAGAAAUUAGAAUGCAUUCAGGUGAAAAAAAAUUCCAAUGUAAUUGAUAUAGUUGUCUUGUUAACCACUUAAAUAUCUCUUUUCAUAGUCCUUGAGACAUUAAUAUGAAUGGGGAAUACAUUUAAAAUUUGCCCUGUUGUUGAUGCUGUACACCACCAUUAUGAAAAAGGUUCAAAAUAA